CAAAAUGCCCCCUCUGAUGUAUCUUCAAUCUCAGUCGUCUCCUCCGCUGGCCCAAAGCAGCUUCCUUCGUGUCCCUUUGUCCGGCGGCCGCUUCUUAGGGAUCUCAGGAAGAAGAGAGGCUUGAUUCGUCUGCAGGCCAAGAGGUAGCAGGGGUGCAGCGAUGGAGCUGGCGGUUGUGGCUUGGCAGGCGACCGUGAGGGCUCUCCUGGGCAAGCUGGGCAGCCUUCUUGCUCAGGAGUACAGGCUGGCCAGGGGCGUCAACGGCGAUCUCGAGAACAUCACCGACGAGAUGAUCAGCAUGCAGUGCUUCCUCCGCGACCUCACCGUCGCCGAUGGGAGUGGCACACACGGCCACGGCCACCGGAUGAUGGACUGGAUAAAGCAGAUCCGCGAAAUCACCUGCGACAUCGAGGACUGCCUCGACGACUCCGGCAACCGCAUCCACGGCCUGCGCACCGACGUGUCCUGCUACUUCCUUGCCAGCAGCAUCUACGAGGUCCUCACAUGGUGGCCUCGCCGCGACAUCGCCACCAGGAUCUCUGUCCUCAUGACGCGGGUACAGCGGAUCAGCGAGCGGCGCCACAGGUACGGCGUCAACAACCCAGAGAGCGGCAGGAAUGAGGUACCAAAUGUGGCAUCGGCAGCUGGAUUUGACGCUGCCACACUUUGCCAAACACUUCGAAAACGAAAGUUACUUGAUCUUACUUGAUGAUGUAUGGCCUGGAUCCAUACUAGACAGUAUUAUAAAGGUACUCCCGAACAACCGAGGGAGCAAAAUUAUAGUUACCACACGGUUUGAAGCUGUUGCUGCAUCGUUUAUAAGAGAAGCCGAUAACCCUAUUUGUGAAGUUAAAGGUCUUCUUGAUGAAGAAUCCCGGGAGCUAUUUGAGAGAACCUUAUUUGAAUCCAGUGGGAGGGAACAUGUUACUAAACGGUUUGAAGCUGCUGCUACAACAUCUAAGAGAAAAGGUAGCGAAGAUGUUAUGGUUCCAGACAAAGUCUGGAAGAUGUGCAAGGGGCUCCCAUUGGCCAUAGUUACCAUGGCCGGUCAUGUAGCUUGCAACCCUAGCAAAUCAGGGGAAGAAUGGUCAAACCUUUGCAGUUAUCUAUUUCUAGAGUCUGUGAAAGAUGGUCGGCAACAACAACUUACUCAGGCUGAAGUGGGCAGGAUCGUGAGCCAUUGCUUCAACGACAUGCCUGCUGAAAUCAAGAUUUGUGCGUUGUAUUUGAGCAUAUUUCCACUGGGCAACAAAAUCAGCACGAAGAGAUUGAUGAGGCGAUGGAUUGUGGAAGGUCUUAUCAGUGAGAGGGAAGACCUGAGUGUGGAGAAUGUUGCAGUGGCAUAUUUCAAUCAUCUCAUUAGAAGGCAGGUUAUCCAACCAGUGGAGUACAACAGUAAUGGAAAUGUGAAGCAAUGUGUCGUGUACAGAAUGUUUCUUGAGUACAUUGUAGCAAAGGCAAGUGAAGACAAUUUCAUCACCGUGGCUGGUGGUACCUGGCGCACACAGCUAUCUAGAAGCAAGGUCCGCCAAAUGUCUCUUCAAGGAUGUGAUUCCAGUAAUGCAAAAGAAAUGGAGAAGAUGGACUUGUCUCAUGUACGGUCACUAACGAUGUUUGGGAGCUUGAACCAACUGCCUUCCCAUUUGUUCAAGUUUAGAAUUGUGCAUACCUUGGAUCUUGAAGGUUGCACAGGUUUCCAAGUGUGUCACACAGAUAAGAUAUGUAAAAUGCUUCUUCUCAAGUAUCUGGGCCUCCGAAGAACUGACACCAAAAGGCUUCCCGAUACCAUUGGAAAUCUGAAGAACUUAGAGACUCUGGACAUAAGGGAGACGAAUAUUGCUGAGUUGCCCGAAACCGUCUGCCAGCUUGAACGUCUGGUUAACAUAUUUGGUGGGGAUAAAAGAACAAAAAGGCCAUUGAGACUUCCUGAAGGGUUGAUUAAGAAGAGGAAAAUGAAAGCGCUUCGCAUACUAACAGGGAUUGAGAUAGUUGGUGGAUGGGUGGACCUUUACCAUUUGACCGAGCUGAGGAAGCUUGCUAUCUAUAAGCUCAACACCAUGAGCUCCAAAGAUUUGAGCUCCUAUAUUGGGCACCUAGGUGGCUGCUCUAUACAGACUCUCAUAAUUUAUGACGAGUCAUCUAAUUUCCUUGAGUCACUCUACCAUCUUUCUAGAGCACCAAUGCUCCUUGUGGCCCUUGAGUUAACUUGCAAGAUGGUGAAGAUCCCUGGUUGGAUCGCAGAACUCGCUGUUCUAAAAAAGUUAACCCUUUCAGUAACAGCUCUCCGGACAGACAACUUGAAGUACCUCAGUAAUCUAUCAUUGUUUUCUCUCACAUUUAGGGCAGCAGAAAGCCAGCAUCCAGAAACGCAUGCCAUUGUUGUGAAAAACAAGCUGUGUUCUGGUGGGGUAAUCACAGUUCCAGAUGAAGGAUUUAAGAAUCUUAAGGUUUUUCGCAUUUCUGCUCUUCGCAUGCCAUUACUCAAGUUCUCAAGGUAUGCCAUGCCAGAGCUUGAGACGCUUGAGCUAAAUUUCAGCAUGCUAGAGGGUGUUCUUGGCACAGAAAACCUUGUGAGACUCGAAAUGGUGCAUUUGAGAUUGAUGGACAAAGAAGGUGGUGAAGAUCAGACGAAAGAUGUGCAAAAGGAGAUGGAGGAAGCAGUGGAGAAGAGGACCGAUGGCAAGGCGCCGAGGGUAAUCCUUCAUGGGCGGCUAGUUGAAACGAAGCCGAAGCUGUAGCUCUUUGUGGGUCCUUUGUGUGCUGAAAGACGACACAGUUUUAAUUACCAGUUAGGUAUUCGCUCCAAUUGUGCACAACUUUUUCGAUAAAGGGCGAUUAAUUGUGCACAACUUACUCAAAACAAUCAAUUAAGUAUGAUACUCCAUCCAUGUAACAGCAUUCUCGAGUGGAUAAGACUGGUUGUAAUGGGGAGUAUCAUAUACUAGUAUCAUGCAUAUGAUACUAGUGUAUGAUACUACCUUCCUAAUGUAUAGUAUCAUGCAUUAGUAUCAUGUAAUACUCUA